AUGCCUCCAUUGGCCAAUAAGCCACCCGGUUUCUAUGUUCCGUUGCAUCGACGUCCUUUGAUUUAUUUGCAACUCAUGAAGGAGAAAUGCUUUGGAAAGAAGGGCGCAUACCAAGAGAAUGUACUGCGGCGGCGCAAAAGGAAGAAGCCGACGAAAGAGGAGAAAAAAAAGGCUGAAAAGAAGGAUAAGGAAAAAGAGGGGAAGGAUAGCAAGAAGUGA